GUGUACUCUGGUGUAGAGGAGGCUCUGGCUAGACCUGGUGGUUAAGGGUGUCAAGAAGCAGAAGUGAGGAGCGCAGCAGAGCAGGCUUCGAUUUCUGGACAAAACGCGUAAACGUCUCCCUCACCUGCACCCAGAGAGCUCUGCAUAUCCUCAUCCUUCUCUUUGGAAAGCUGCUGUCCUCCAGGAUGGAGCCUGUGUGGGAUUGUGCCUCCUCUGCUGGGAUGUUUAUGCUGGGGUUGCUCUCUGUGCUGUGGCCGGCGCCAAACCGCGUUUGGAGUUUUAACCUUUACGCAGAGCAUCCCACGGUUUACAGCGGACCCGAUGGGAGUUAUUUUGGAUAUUCUGUUGAUUUCUAUCAAGCAAGCCCUGAAAGGAACACGAUUAGUGUGCUUGUGGGGGCUCCUAAAGCGAACACCUCCCAGCCGGGCAUCGUGGAGGCUGGAGCCGUCUAUUACUGCCCCUGGCCCGGACAGCCUGAUAGCUGCAAACAGAUUCCCUUUGAUAUUUCCAAUAACAGAAUGAUUAGAGUAAACCGCACCAGAGAGCCUCUAGAGUUUAAGUCCCACCAGUGGUUUGGAGCAUCAGUCAGGACGCACAAAGGAAAAGUGGUGGCCUGUGCUCCACUCUACCACUGGCGGACAGUGAAGAAAGAAGGGGAGAAGGACCCGGUGGGAACCUGCUAUGUCGCCGUCCAGAACUUCAGCGCUUAUGCAGAGUACUCCCCCUGCAGGACCAAUGACCCAGACCCAGAGGGACAGGGAUUCUGCCAGGCUGGUUUCAGUGUGGAUUUCACCAAGGAGGGGAGACUAGUCCUAGGAGGACCUGGAAGCUUCUACUGGCAAGGUCAGGUGAUGACAGCAGGGAUCGCAGAGAUACUCAAUGGCUACUCUUUAAAGGCAAUCCUGAGACGAGUUCCAGGGGAGAAACAAACCGGAGCUGCAGACGACACAAAUGACGACAGCUACCUCGGCUACUCUGUGGCUGUGGGAGAGUUUACAGGAGACUCGGAGCAGGAGCUGAUAGCCGGAGUCCCAAGAGGAGCACACAGCUUUGGAUAUGUGGCAAUGAUCAACUCCACCAAUCUCACCUUCAUCCAUAACUUUACAGGGGAACAGAUGGCGUCUUAUUUUGGUUACUCAGUGGCUGUCACUGAUUUGAAUGGAGACGACACGGAUGAUAUCCUGGUUGGAGCACCGCUCUACAUGGAAAGAGAGAUGGAGAGCAAACCCAUAGAGGUGGGAAGGGUGUACCUCUACCUGCAACUUGCUCCGCUCAUCUUUUCUCAACCCAUUGUGCUUAGUGGUACCUACACUUUUGGACGUUUUGGGACGGCUAUAGCACCACUGGGAGACAUUAACCAGGAUGGAUAUAAUGACGUGGCGGUGGGCUGUCCAUUCGGAGGUGAGGACCACGGAGGCAGGGUGUUGAUCUUUAACGGUAACAGAGAUGUGUCCACUAAGGGCCUGAUGCUGAGCCAGGAGUUGCGAGCAGCCAGGAAGGCCGGCGGCAGCUUGCCUGGAUACGGCUUCACUCUUAGAGGAGGCCAAGACCUGGACAGCAACGAAUACCCUGACCUGAUAGUCGGGGCGUUUGGCGCAGGAGAGGUCUCAGUCUACAGGUCUCGAGCUGUUGUGUCUGUGGAAGCUACAAUGACCCUAACACCCAGAAUCCUCAAUCCUGACGACAGACAGUGUCGCUUGCCUCAGACCUCUAACAUGGUGACCUGCCUGAAGGUAGAUGUGUGUGCAGCAGUGAGUGGUGUGGGGAUCCCCAACAAUGUAGGUUUAAAAGCUGAGCUUCAGCUGGAUUGGCUUAAAGGCACAAGGGGCGGGGUUAAGCGAGUCCUCUUCUUGGACACCCAUGAGACUCAGCGCUCAGGGCUCCUCAGACUGGGUCAAAGCCGCCCACAAGCGUGUCUGAGCUAUAUGAUUUAUCUGAAGGAGGAGGAUGAGUUCAGGGACAAACUGACCCCCAUUGCUUUGGCCCUGAACUACAGCCUCGCUCCACCUUCUGGAGAACAAACUCUUCCACCGAUUCUCAACCAGUACAGCAGCACAUUCCUCCAGGAACAUGCUUACAUCCUUCUUGACUGUGGUGAUGACAACAUAUGUAUCCCCGACCUACAGCUUUCUGCCAGCAUGGAUCGCUCAGAGUUGCUGAUUGGAGAUGACAACCUGGUGAUGCUGACCAUCACUGCAACGAACCAGGGAGAGGGGGCGUACGAGACAGAGCUGUACACACGGAUUCCACCGGAGGCCGACUACAUUGGAGUAGAGCGCAGGCUAGAGUCUCUCACUCAGCUAAACUGCGAGUACAAGACCAUCAACGAGUCCAGGGUGGUGGUUUGCGAUCUCGGGAACCCAAUGGUGACAGGAACAGAGCUCACCGUUGGUUUGAGGUUUUCAGUCCAAAGGGUGGAAGACUCCGGACCAAAAAUCAGCUUUGAGCUACAGAUCCACAGCUCCAACAAGGACAACUCUGACAGCAACCUGGUCAGUUUGAAUCUGACCAUUACUGCCAGUGCCCAGCUUGCAUUGCGCGGAGUGUCUCAUCCCUCUCAGGUGGUGCUGCCAUUCCCCAACUGGGAGCCUAAAGAGAAACCUGUUAAAGAGGAUGACGUUGGUCCACAAGUCACACAUAUUUAUGAGCUCCAUAACUUUGGUCCCAGUAGUAUUGGGCAGGCUGAGCUUCAGAUCGGCUGGCCUGCCCGUUUCCAUGAUGAGAACCUGCUGUACGCCAUAGAGAUUCAAACUGACGGCCCAAUUAGCUGCCGGACAAACACCAGCCUCAACCCACACGGCCUGGAGAUCUCCUCUCUGCAAGACACGCCAGAACUGCUGGGUUUUCUGAGGAACACCACCGAUCUUCCUCACCGCCACAAACGAUCUGUCAGCACAGCUGGAAGUUACAGCAGUAAGACCUUGAACUGCACCAACGUCUCCUGUCUGAGGAUUACGUGCAUGGCUGGUCGGUUGGAUCGAGGCCAGAGCGCCGUUGUUAAGAUAAGAUCAAGACUUUGGGCACAUACGUUUUUGCAGCGGCGUAACGACCCCUACAUUCUAAACUCCACGGUGUCCUUUAUGGUCAUAUCUAUGCCCUAUCGUGUUCAGCCAUCCACACUGCCUCAACACAAAACCUCAAUGGGAACCCAUGUGUUAUGGGGCACUCCUGAUGUUUCGUUUGCUGUGCCACUUUGGGUCAUCAUCCUGGCCAUAUUGCUAGGCCUGUUAGUACUGGCCAUGCUGACGUUAGCGAUGUGGAAGUGCGGUUUCUUCGACCGAGCACGGCCGCCAGCAGAUGACAACAUCUCCGACCAGGAGAAGCUAACGUCUGAUCAAACCGGGGAUGCCUAAAGAAAAUGAAUUACAACACUUGGUUCGAAGUUUAUGAUUUAGGAGGAAAGUGCACCUUCUGAAUGACAAAAAUCAGAUCUGAGAUCUGGAAUAGUUGGAAGCUCCAUUCCCCUGAUUUGGAAGACUUCUAUCUUUUUUUUUUUUAAGAAACUGACUGCAAGAAAAAAACAGCAGCGCCACGCAUUCUGGAGCCACAACAACUGAGGUCACGGCACGCAAAGUGGAGCAGAACAACACACAUAUCAGGCUAAAUUACCCACACAUGUCCAUUGUUUAUACAUUGCAAUGAAGCACCACAACUGAAGACCAAGUGGAUUAUAUUGAAAGGACAAUACUUAAAGUUUUUCUUGUCUUUGUGCAGCACAAAGAGAACUUAGAUCUCAGCACAAGUGCUUUUAAUAGGUUUUACAGUGAAUGAGUGUAUGUGUGUGUGUAAAUUCCUGCAAAUCUGUGUGCAAGAAGUGUAUGUGUUUAUAAUCCACCACAGGAUUUAAUUUCUCCCUGUUUCCCCUCAAACAAGGCUGAAAUCCAUGCUGUUCAAAUUUACAUUCAGUAAACACGCUACCACACGCAAAGUUUUUAAAAAGGGGCACAAAGUCAAAGUGUAUAUUUAUAAAUGUAUGUGCAAUAUUUGGGCGUUGUGUGAUGCUGAAGCUUGUUGUUACACUGGCACUACUUUUUUAGAGCUUCAUGUCUUCAUUGUGUGUGUAUAUAUACCGUAAGAUUGGUUGGGUGGUGUGUUAGAUAACUGUUAUUUCAGAAGGCAACAUAUUUUUAGACAAGUACCAGCCUGUUGAAACCUUUACCAAAUAAAUAACUUAUUGUCUCGUUGCAGCUCUGGGGUUUUAUCUUUGAAGGAAAAAACAACAUAUUUAUAGCUGAAGCAUUGCAUUGCUUGUUUAAGGUUUGCUAACAACUUUUUGUUUUACUUUUAUUUUAUUUUCCAAGGAUAAGACUUGAUAAGUGGGGGGAAAAACACAUCUGCUGUUCUUUUACACAGCAGGUUACAGGUUUUUUCAUGUUUCUAAAUUUUCAUGCACCAAUCGUCAGAAAUUAAGCAUCAGCAUUGCUGGAAUCAAGAUUUAAGGUUUAUCAUUUUAAGAUAUGCUUUAUAGGAUAUGAUUUAAGGUUUAUGCAUUAAAUUUGAUAUUUUUUUUCAUCAGUAUAAAAGAAUUAUCAAAGCAGCAGAAUUUUUAAUAGGUCGCUAACCUUCACAUAAAAUGGGUCAGUAGUACAGUGUUUUAUUAAAUAUGUAAAAAGGUUUACAUCUUUUCAGUUUCCCAUGAUAAAUUAAGUUUACUUUAGAGGAAGGACUGUUGCUCCCCCAAAUGGUGCAACAAAAAUAAUGCAGCCUUGAAUCCUGGCUCUGCAUGAAAACAGAUAAAUAGACAAAAGCAAAGCAGCGCCACCCUGUGGCUUUAAGCUGUAUAGAUUUUAGUGCAUUGAGUAACAAAGAUUGAGGAUAGAGCUUUCAUUUCGUUUUUGCACUUUUUAAAAUACUGAUGGAAGUUUCUGUUUCAAUAUUUUUCUUUAGUUAUUCAUGUAGUAAAGAAAUGUUUAUUGGAAGCAAAGUUUUUACGAAAUAAUUCAAAUUUAUUUCUACAUUUGCAGAACACAAACAAUUACAUGUAACACCUCAUUUAACCCCUUUUUUAAUUAACAACAUUUGCUACGAAGCAGCAGCUGGAAACAAAACAAACCUGUUCCCUUGUUGAAGGAGAACAUCUAAUCAAUCUUUCCAGGCUCUGUUGGGGUUUUUUAUACAUGGACAUUUAUCCACCUAUUAUAUCCAAUGCAAUUUUCAUUGUAACUACUGUAUCUCUGGGUGUGAUAAAAAGGAUAGAAAUAAAAGCUCUCUUUGUGUAACAAAUAAAACACAAAGUGAAAAAA